UUCAGGAGAUAUUCGGCGCACUUUCUUCCAACUCUGACACUCUACAGGUGAAUUAAUGGCGGAUUUUGAAUGCGGAUUCGAAGAAUCAUUUCCACAAGAAGGGGAGCCAUUGGAGGAAAGGAGCCUCAAUCUCCUCAAAGACUCCGAAAUCGAUCAAGCUUUUGCGGAAGCGAAGGCGAAGAGAAAAGGUGGGAAGAAGCACAAGGUGAAAUGGAUGAGGAGGCCCAUGGUGAUGCCUGAAGCCAUUCUCGAGUUUCUUGACGAAGAUCUCCGUGAGAAUGCCAUUCGAUACCUUAGCAACUUUCUCAUCGAGAAAAGGGAGGAAGAUCCAAUUAAUUACAACCGUGCUGGAUUUUUGUUGUUCUUCUCCUGUGGUACGAUGCCUACAUUGCUACAGGAGCUAGUGGGCUUUUACAGAAAGAUGUCGGAAGAAGCACUAAAUGUGAGAGCCAUCAAGCGUCUUGCCAAUGUUCUUACGCUUUUCCAGUGUGUUGCAGCUAAUAAUGGAGCACGACAGAAGUUCGUUGAUGCCUGCAUUCCAAAUUAUUUGAUCCCUUUGAUAGAGUUCGAAUGCCCAAUUGAAUUGUUUGAUAACAUUCGUGCUAUUGCCCUCUCAGUCAUUGGAAUUUUAUGCCAGGCUGGAGAACCUUUUGUCAUUGAUUGGGCUAUUAAGAGCAAUGUCGUUGAAGUUUGCCACACCAUUUUGGCGACUGCUAGCGAGCUUAACAAAGUGAUUGCUAUGCAUAUCCUCGAAGCAAUAAUUCGAGACAACUCCGGAAUCUCUUACAUUUGUGAUUCGUCCUGCAAUCUACUGAUAGGACUGAUGAACACAUGGGAUAACUUGGUCAAUCUUCUUGCUGUUGACCAAGACUUUUCUCCUCGUCUACUCUUCCACAUCAUCAGAUGCUACAUUAUGCUCUGCUCCAAUGAGAGGGGAUGCGCCCCUGUAGUGCAAAGAUUUCCUGCUGCUCUCACUAAUGGUUCCUUCUGUGACAUGAUAGAGGAGUUCCCAAUAAUUGGGGGAUUGUUCAUUCAGCUUCUCCUCUACGUUGACAAAGUGAAUGAAGAAAUCCUUCCGGGAAGAAGAGUGUGUAUGCUCCUGCAGGAGUAUGCAAGCAUGAAUGAUCUCUGCUCGCCUGAUUCUGCUCCCAAUCCGACAACACCUUGCAGGCCUAUGGAUCUUGGAACAAUUUCUGUCUAAAAAUCUAUUACAGAAAAGCUUUUAAUUGAGUUCCCAACAGAUAUCAUAAAUACUAUAAUUCAUUUUUUUUUAAUCUAAUGAUAAUUCAUGUGUAUCCACAUGCUUAUUGAUAUGUUUUCUUAACAUUUUUUAGGAAAAUUUACAUAUAUAC